AUGGCGCCAGUGUUAUUUCUCCUGAACAGUGCUGAAUGUAGCUAUGUUACUGAGCUGACGGAGAACAUUCGUGUGAAGGCAAAAGUGGGUUUUGAGGACGAGUCGGAAGAUUUCAUGCAUGUUUUUCCAUCGUUUGUCUGGGCUGUUCGGGACUUUACUCUGGAACUGAUAAAGGAGGAUAAACCAAUAACAUCAGACGAGUAUCUGGAGUGCGCAUUGAAACUCAAAUCAGGUAGCUCACCUCAGAUUGAGAAGUAUAACCUGCCCCGCCGCUGUCUGCGCAAUUUCUUUGCGGGGAGGGAGUGCUUUGUGUUCCCCCGGCCUGCUAGUACGCAAAACAUGAGGAGAAUGGAGCAGCUGUCUGAGAAAGAGCUGGAGUCAGAGUUCCUUGAGCAGGCAAACACCUUCUGCCACUACGUCUACAACAAUGCAGAACCAAAAACCGUGAGUGGAGGCCGUGCAAUUACUGGAACAGCUCUGGGUAAUCUUGCUGAGGUUUACGUAGAGGCGAUACGCAGCGGGAAGAUUCCUUAUUUGGAGAACGCAGUGGUGUCUCUGGCUAAGAUCCAGAACGUCCGUACAGCGGAUGAGGCCCUGCAGUGCUACAUGACAGAGAUGCUCAGCAUGGCUCAGCUUCCUAUGCGCCCAGAAGAGCUGUCCAACAUCCACACAGAUGCAGAGAAGAAGGCCGUUGAAGUUUUCAUCACCAUGUCCUUCAAUGACAAUGACCAGAUCUACCAACAAGAGCUCAUGGGGAAGAUUUAUGAUGAAUAUCAAGAUAUGUGCCAGCAGAAUCAUCAAGUGUCUGUCAUGCAGUGUGAGGAGGUUCUGCAUGAGGUGUUUGAUAAGCUGGAAAAAAGCAUUUCUGAUGGAUCAUACCUGAGACCUGGAGGAUAUCAACAAUACAUAGACAUGCUCACACAGCUGACCAAUGACUACAGAGCAAAAACACAAUUACAGAUAACGAGCGAGAACAUGUUGAGCAAGUUUUUGAAAGCAAAGGAAGAGGCUGGAAAUAUGAUUCUACAAGCUGACCAAUCUCUCAGCGCAGCGGAACAGGAGAAAGAGGUGCAGAGAUUAAAGAAUGAGAUCCUAGAGCAGCAGAAAAGACGCCUAGAGGAACACAACCGGUUACAGGAGCGGGCGUUUGAAGACAUGCAAAGAACCCACGAUGAGCAUGUGAAUCAGAUCAUUCGUCAGAUGGAAAGAGAGCAGGAAAGAAUCAGGAGGAGAGACAAUGAACGAGUCCUGGAAGCAAAACUAAAAGAAAGGGAAGCUCUUCUACAGCAGGGCUUUCAGCAGGAGGCUGCUAGGAUGCAGAGUGAGAUUGACAGCCUAAAAACAGACAUGAAUAAACGGGAGACGUCUCAACCCUCCACAGUGAGCACGAUUUUGGAUGGUAUCGGCACUGCAGCGACUUUUUUCUUGCCUGGCUUCAUUCCUAAAUUAGCUGGUGUUGGUCUGUCCUUGCUUUCAAAACGAUUUUGA